AGCAUUAGCUCAGCCCGGAGAGAGGGAUUGGGAUCCAGAGAGGGAAGGAAGGAAGAAGAGAGAGAGAAAGAGGGAGGGAUAGAUAAACAGGUGGUCUGAAAACACAGACAACAAUGUCGUCCGGCGGGGAGAAGCGGGACGACAUUUAGUCCUCAUUUUCCCUGACAGGAAUACCGGGAUAACCUCGGGCAACAACAACAAAACCCCCUCCAUGCUCCCGUGUGCUUCCCACUCGGAUUUGUCCUCCUCGUCUCGGCUUUGCUCCGAACCUGGGGAAGUCCUCGGAGCCUGAGCCAUGAAAGUGACGGUGUGCUUCGGCAGGACCCGGGUGGUGGUUCCGUGCGGGGACGGGAACAUUAAAGUCCACGCACUCAUCCAGCAGGCUGUCAUGCGGUACAAGAAGGCUAUCGCCAAGGACGCAAACUACUGGCUGCAGGUCCACCGACUGGAGCAUGGCGACGGCGGGAUCCUCGACCUGGACGACGUGCUUUGUGACGUGGCUGACGACAAAGACAGACUGAUCGCCGUCUACGACGAGCAGGAGCCCCAUCACGGCGGCGACGGCACCAGCGCCAGCUCCACCGGGACGCAGAGCCCCGACCUGUUCGCCGCAGACCUCGGCGCCGGCAGCGUCGCCUCGGCGUUCCAGCCCUACCAGAACGCCAGCGAGAUCGAAGUCACGCCUUCGGCCCUGCGCGCCAAUAUGCCUCUCCACGUCCGGCGCAGCAGUGACCCCGCCCUGAUCACCAUCAACGGGCCAUUCAGCGCCUCGGAGUUGCGGGUCCAAACCGAAGAGCCUCCAUCCAGGAAGAACCCGACUCGCUGGUCCACCACUGCCGGCUUCCUGAAGGCUCGCCAUUCCUCGGGCACAAACAGCCUAGAGAGGAAGAGCAAAGGUUUGGACACGUACCGCAGCCUGCCAAGGGACGCAGGGACCUGGUCCAAUCAGAGAGAGUUUCAGAGAGACACGGCCAGGUCGUCACUGAGCGCCAACCACCCCAUGGUGGACCGCUGGCUGGAAAAACAAGAGCAGGAGGAGGAGAGCAGGGAGGAUGAGAACGGGCGAAUCGAGCCGGUGGGCCGAGCCGACUCCUGCAUGGAGCACACCCUCGUCAGAUCUCUGGAAGACAUUGUGAAACUGGUGGAGGUGUCAAACGACGGCGGGCCUCUGGGGAUCCAUGUGGUGCCUUUCAGUGGCAGGGACCGCAGGACUCUUGGCUUGUUGGUCAAGCGUCUGGAGAGGGGAGGAAAGGCCGAGCACCAGGGCCUUUUCCAGGAGAACGACUGCAUCAUCCGUAUCAAUAACAGAGACCUGCGAAACAUCCGAUUCGAACAAGCACAGAACAUGUUCCGCCAGGCCAUGCGUUCCCCGGUGAUCAUGUUCCACGUGGUGCCGUCGUCCAUGAAGGCCCACUACGAGCAGCUAUCGCACACCGAGAGGAACCCCUCGUUUUCCUCGGGACGCUUCAGCCCAGACUCGCUGUCCGGCAUCGAUCACAACCCACAGAGGAUAAACCGCCACGGAUCCCAAACGCAGACCCACCCGGACCCAAACAACGGCUACCCACAUCUGACCCACCCUGCCGUCACAGCGGCCAAACCUCCCACAGGCCACACCCACUCACCUCAGAGGGGGCUGAACUCGACGCCCACGCCGGGGUAUACCAAAAAAGUGGGGAGGCGGUUUAACAUUCAACUCAAGAAAGGCCCUGAAGGACUCGGCUUCAGCAUAACGUCGCGUGACGUCCCCAUCGGCGGCUCCGCUCCGAUCUACGUCAAGAACAUUCUCCCCCGGGGGGCCGCCAUCCAAGAUGGCCGCCUUAAGGCAGGAGACCGGCUGCUGGAGGUGAACGGCGUGGACCUGAACGGCCGGACGCAGGAGGAGGUCGUCUCGUUGCUCAGGAACACUCCGAUGGGCGGCGCGGUGGGGUUGCUGGUUCUACGCCAGGAAGACUCUUUCCCACCCCGAGAAGUCAGCGCUGAACCCCAGAAGCAAUCCCUCAGAGACCUGAAAAUGGAGGAGGAUGAACUAGUCCUGACUCCCGAUGGGACCAGAGAGUUCCUGACCUUCGAGAUCCCGCUCAGCGACUCGGGUUCUGCAGGUUUGGGCGUCAGCGUGAAAGGCAACCGCUCCAAGGAAAACCACGCAGAUCUCGGCAUAUUUGUCAAGUCAAUCAUAAACGGUGGAGCAGCCUGCAAGGAUGGACGACUGAGGGUGAACGACCAGCUGAUUGCGGUGAACGGCGAAUCGCUGUUGGGGAAAACCAACCAAGACGCCAUGGAGACGCUGAGGAAGUCGAUGUCAACAGAAGGCAACAAGCGCGGGAUGAUCCAGCUGAUUGUGGCCCGACGAGUGGCCAAGAGAAACGAGGAUUCUUCAGGAAACCCGUUGGGAUCCCAGCAGACCGUAAACACCAGUCUGGACGAUCACGAGCGCAGAAUCUCCCACUCCCUCUACGGUGGCCUGGAAGGCCUCGAUGACGACUUGAUGCCACGUCAAGGAAUGAUUCCACGUACAAUAGGAAACUAUCAGCUCUCUCCGACCGUCAACAUGCCGCAGGACGACACUGUGAUCAUCGAGGACGACCGCCCGCCGCUCCUGCCGUCCAACAUGUCCGACCAGUCCUCGUCCAGUUCCCAUGACGAUGUGGGCUUCGUGGCUGAUGUGACUCCACCGUGGGCCAAAGAGCUGCCUGCUCAUAACGAAAGCGCUCUGAGUCCAGAUGAAAACAAUCCGGACGUCUCGUUCCAAAGGGAAGGUUUCGGACGCCAGAGCAUGUCGGAGAAACGCACCAAGCAGUUCGGAGACGCCACUCAGCUCGAGAUCAUCAAGACACGCAAGUCCAAGAGCAUGGAUCUAGUAGCCGACGAGAUUAACCUCACUCCUCGCCCCGACACCGACGCAGGUUCUUCCACUAAGGACGUUGGACCUUCACUGGGCCUCAAGAAGUCCAGCUCUCUAGAGAGCCUCCAGACGGCGGUAGCAGAGGUCACCCUGAACGGUGACCUCCCGUUCCACCGGCCGCGCCCUCGCAUCAUCAGGGGGCGGGGCUGCAACGAGAGCUUCCGGGCCGCCAUCGACAAAUCCUACGACCGGCCAGCCGCCUUGGAAGACGACGACGAGGGCAUGGAGACUUUGGAGGAAGACACGGAGGAGAGUUCCCGAUCUGGGAGAGACUCUGUCUCCACCAUGGCGGACCAGACGCCGCUGUCCGCCGGCCCCGAAAAGCCUCUGGUCAACGGCACCAACCGCACCAAGGAGGAGAAGAAGAAGGAUAAAGACAAACCGGGGAAGGAGAAGAAGAAACAAGAUGGAGGGAAGGAAAAGGAUAAAGAGAAGGGAAAACCAAAGAAAGGAAUGCUGAAGGGACUUGGAGACAUGUUCAGGUUUGGGAAAUACCGAAAAGAUGAGCGGCCAGCGGAGAAGAUGGACCGGAAAGGAUCGAGCAAGUGGAGGACCGAGGAGACUCAGGUUUCUGAUGAGGAAACGAUGAAGAUGAGGAUGGAGCAAGAGAGGAUUCAAGCCAAGACGAGGGAGCUGAGGGAACGCCAAGCCCGGGAACGGGACUACGCGGAGAUCUUGGACGUCAGCCGCCCAUUGGAUAGAUCCUCUGAGGAGGAUCACACCUACUCCGGCGUGAACCCUCUGAACAUGGACAGCAGUCACAGCCGGGCUCACAGCCCCCGUGACGAAUAUUCCCACGUUCAUCACCAGCACCAGCACUCUGACUCUCUCUACUCGCCGGUCAGCCGGGCCCGAAAUGACCGGCCUCCAUCCACAGACAGCAACCGGCUAACUCCUAGCAACCACGACCGGAUACAGAGGCUGCGGCAGGAGUUCCAGCAGGCCCAGAACGUUCCCGACGACCCGGACGAUCGCAGGAGGACCUACAGCUUCGAGCAGUCCUGGUCCAACUCCAGCAGCAACGGUCCGGGCGGGUACAGCCAGCCGGGCCGGCACUCGGUGUCGGUGGAGGUCCAGAUGCAGAGGCAGAGGCAGGAGGAGAGGGACUCGUUCGCCCAGGCGCAGCGGCAGUACAGCUCUCUCCCUCGACAACCCAGGAAGAAUCCCAGCACCGUCUCCCAGGACUCCUGGGACAAGGCGUACCCACCUGGAGACGUCUUCCAGACGGCCAAAGACAACCCCCGGUACUCCAGCUACCAGGGCUCCCGGAACGGCUACCAGGGCGGCGGCGGCGGCGGCGGGGCAGGAGUGAACGCUAGAGUCCUGCUGGAGGCCCAAGAGCUGCUGCGGCAGGAGCAGAGGCGCAGGGAGCAGGAAGCCAAAGGAAAAAUGCUGCAGGAAGGCAGCAGGACCAGCGCCUACGAGGGGUACAUCCCCCACCUGAAGGAGCCGGGGUCGCCGAAGGGCCCGUACCGACACGACGUCCCGCCUUCGCCGUCGCAGCUAGCUCGGCUCAACAGACUGGGGUCAGAAAAGGGAAGACUUUUUUAUUCCUGAGGGGGGAAAAAAUUAGCAAAUUAGCAUCAGAACAUAGACAACGGACUUCUUGGCCUUCUUAUAGCUUAGCGACUAUCUUAAAGGCAAGCGGGUGUUUGAUGACCCGCACCAACUAUCAGUCACUCACCAACAACCAACAGACGCCCCAGUGCCUUGUCCACCUUCGUCGCCAUCACGGACCGACAAUCAGGCAGAGGAGUGGGCGCACGCGCACGAAUGACGCGUUCCAACUGCCGUUUUUCAGUUAGCUUUAGAAAGCUAACUGCUCUGAAGGAGAGAGCGAUUCAACUGCCAUUUUUCAGUUAGCUUCAAAAAGCUAACUGCUCUGAAGGAGAGUGAUCCAACUGCCGUUUUUCAGUUAGUUUCAGAAAGCUAACUGCUCUGAAAGAGAGAGCGAUCCAGCUGCCAUUUUUCAGUUAGCUUCAGAAGGCUAACUGCUCUGAAGGAGAGAGCGAUCCAACUGCCGUUUUUCAGUUAGCUUCAGAAAGCUAACUGCUCUGAAGGAGAGAGCGAUCCAGCUGCCAUUUUUCAGUUAGCUUCAGAAAGCUAACUGCUCUGAAGGAGAGAGCGAUCCAGCUGCCAUUUUUCAGUUAGCUUCAGAAGGCUAACUGCUCUGAAGGAGAGUGAGUUCCAACAGCCAUUUUUCAGUUAGCUUCAGAAGGCUAACUGCUCUGAAGGAGAGUGAUCCAACUGCCGUUUUUCAGUUAGCUUCAGAAAGCUAACUGCUAUGAAGGAAUGAAAACAGGCCAGAGAGAAAGAGCGGGUGUGCGUGCGUGUGUGUGUGUUAUUAAUAAAAGCCCUCCUCAUAAAUGAUUCAUAGUGUGUGUUAUCUCCUUGGAGGAGAGUCAGGCAGAGAGGGUAGGCAUCUCUGAUCCUCUAGCCUGGCCCCUCAGUGCGGCGCUGGGCUCCGCUCGCCCGCCUCCCUGCCUGUCUGUCUGGAGCUCCAUCUUCUCCUUUCAUUCUUCCUCUCUCUGUUCAUUACGCUCCUUUCUUCUACCUCAACACCUCCAUAUUUAUCCCCCCGCCUCCCUUCCUCCUCCUCUCUCCCGAGUCGGCGCUCUGCACUGAAUUUUUCAUCAGAAGCCACCUGCUGCCUACCGGAGCCAGAGAAACGGCGCCACCAGAGGCUCCGACAGAGGGCCCGGCUUCUGACACGACGAGCCGAAUAAAGGGAGGCAGAAUAAAGAUCGGCGGGGAAACAAUGCCGCUCCCAGUGUGAAAUUAGCAGCAGCCCCUUUAUGCUGGUUUUUAACAAAAGGCAAAAUUGUCCUCCGGAGUUAAUUGCUCCAAAUUGCCAUAAUUGCUUUUUGUGGGGGUUUUUUUGUUGUUUUUUUAUACCUUUUUAAGCAUUUAGCAGACACUCUUCGCUGCAGUGAUUUUAAAUAGAGGCAGCAGGUGGGUGUGUGGGGGGGGGGGGCAUCCUGCUUUUAAAAACAGCAGUCGAUAAAUGAACCAAAUGCUGCUGGAUUACAAAGAGCAGGUUGGAAAACAGCAGGAAGCGCGUAAAAAACAGUUUCUUCAUGCAGAUGGGUUCAAGUUGUGAGUUUGAUUCUGUAAAGGCAACAAUGGAGGUUAAUACAGUCGCAUUUAUGGCUCUCAGCUGGGAAAGUAAAUUUAAAAAGUAUGUACACCCCUUAAAGAUAAUUUUGUACUUUGAGGGGUGGCAAAAGCAAAUGAGGUGGAUUAGCACCUGAUGGAAUAUCUACUCUACUGCCCAUAAAUUGAGCUGUAAGCAUGUAAUUAAACAAAGAUGAUCAUAAAACAUGGUGGGCCUGACAUUACUCUGAACUAUAAAAACUUAAAAUGUCAAUCGGUAAAAAAAAUAAUAGUUCAUAUUUUCCAAAAAUAUAAACUUUUCCUAAACAGCAAAUUUGAUUAAUCAAUAAAUGAGCUAGGUUGUUUUGCUUAGCGCAUUUUGCUAACUUUGAAAAUGUUUAGCGCACUUAGCUUCCCCUUAAUACGUUUUUCUCGAGAAAGCUCAAAUUUAAUUUACUGUUUUAUAAACUUUAAUUUGAAUAAAGUUCAGCAUCUGUGUUGAACUUUUAUUGUCAAAUUAGUUAAAAAUGAUUCAACUAGUUAAAUGUUUAUAGUCAUGCUCUUAUUUUGAAGGGGGUGAAGACUGUCUACCCAGCAGUUCCAUUUCCUGUUCUCACUUCUGUCUUUUUAACAAAAUAAAACAAACAGAAUAAGAUAUUAAAUUUGUUCUCAAGGGUAGAUAUCAUUUGAAUUGAGGUUAGCGUGUUAGCAUUAGCUUCUGCUAAAUAUUGUGUUGCUUAGCAGAACUAAUAUUUACAGUUAGUGCUUUAGCGUUAGCUCGACCAAUUUUAUGGCCAGCGAUGUCCGCCACUACUUAGCCGGGUUUUGUGAUGCAACAAAUUUAACUCAGAUGAAUAAUUUCAUAAUUUUUCCCAACUUUACACUUCAAAACUCAAAAUACUACCAAGUAUUUUUAUUAGGUUUCUAGUGCAAAUAUCUUAGUACACUUGAAAUAAGACACCUUUUCAGCAAGAAAAGGGAGUUAAUUUUAAGUAAAUAAUUCUUGUAUUUAGAUAAACUACUAGUUUUAUAACGAGGCAUUUUUCCUGCUUUAGUGAAAAAUCUGCCAAUGAAACUAGUACUUUUUGCAUCUACAUUCAUGAAUUAUUGACUUAAAUCUUAUUUAUCUUACUGAAAAGUUACUUUUAAGUCAUAAGUGUACAAAGAUAUUUGCACUAGAAACUUGAAAAUACUUGGUAAGAUUUUGUGUUUUUACAGUGUUACAUGUCAUUUAUCCAGUUCAGUUCACAAAAUAACCUUUAACUUUUCUAAAACACAUUUAAACACAGUUUUACUCCAAAUUAUAUCAUAUAUGUAGUCUGAUUAAGGGUAAAUAAAGGUCAGCUGUACUACUGGGAUUUUUCCAUCAUCUUCUCAUUUGUUAGCUAAAAGCCAAAGUUUGGAAAGAAAUUAUAAAAUGCCAGAAGGAUGUCAGAGCACAAAGGUAUCAGUCAGGAGAAGACUAUAAGAAAAUGUACAGCAGUACCUAUUGACGGUGCCAUGGAGAUAAUUGGAGAAGAUAUGAAAACUGGAUAUUUUUCCCCUAAAAAAGAGGUUUUUGUCAAGUAGUAAGCUAUAAAUAAUCCAAAAUGUCAGAAAGUUUUGGUUCAAACCAAAGAGAGAGGAUAAGUUUCUGUUUGUGGAUCACAUUUAGAUGAUUUAAUGUGAAAAGCUGCUGAAAUCGGCACUUAGGCUGGUUGCUGCGAGGACCACAAGUGACACUGCAUUGAUCUCCUUUGUGUUAGCAUCGGUAAAAACCUGGAAAAAUUUAAUUACAAGCUUGGUUUGUAGCGUCUGGAGGUGGUAAUUUUAUUAUUAUUAUUCCCGGAAGCUUGGAAAAUGCUGAUAGGCAUAUUUUCUGCUCCAGGACAGAAAGAAUAAAUUAGUUUCAGAGGAGCUUGAGUGCAAAAUUGACCAUAACUAGCAAACAAACCAGACGGAGGUCCAACAUUAAAGAGGAAAUGAUGAAUAAAGCUGCGAAAUGGAUGAAAAGAUCAGAUUUUAUCAAAAUGAGUCUUUACUUCUACCCAAGGAGAUUUUAAAACAUGCAGAUUCUUUUCUGUGACGUUUGAUGCUUUUAAUCCCACAUUCAGACCACAGGAAGUGUUUCUCUGAUAUCUCAAAAAGUGCCUGAGAAAAUAUGUCUGAACGUUUCACACAAAGUCGGACGCGACGCGAUUCGUUUCACAGAACUACCUGUGGAUCGACAGCGAGAGGCGGCCGUCACCAUCAGUGUUUCUAUCCUGUUCAUCUUCAGCCAUACUGUUUAUUUUUUUGUUUUGAUGAAGCAUAACUGAAAUGGAAGUUAAAAAAAAAAAGAAUCUGAUGUGCAAUUGUUUUGUUUCCAGAAGUCUUUUACAUGAUGUUUGGAGAAAUGUAAACAUUGUUUCUGUACGUAUCAAGUUGGGAAUAAAGCAGAAAGCUGUUCCUGU